CGGUGUGGCGGCGCGGCGGCGCGAAGAGGAGAGGAGGUCGUCGUCGCGUCGCCAGUCGCCAGUUUGCCGUGAGCGCUCGUGAUGUGAGGACGUUCUGUGAUCUCAUCGACGAGCGUGGUUCCCUUUGAUCUCUCGCUGUGACACUACGGCACCGCAGGGUUACGAGCGUGCACGCGCAGGCUACGAGGAGCGCGCAACAGCCGAUUUCCCGAGUUGACGAUUCCGCGAGGCUGUGGGUGUAGGAGCAGCGGGGGGAGAUCCAUCGGUCUCUUCGAUCGAGCGUCGUAAGGAUCAUCGACGUGCGAGUGCCAAUCUCGUUGCGAGCACGAGGACGCGAUACGCACGAGGAUUAUCCACUUACGAGAGACGGAGGGAGUAAGAGGGAGAAAAAGAGAGAAAUUAUUUUCGCGUUUUCCUCGUCCAACGUGGAACAACUCGGUUCGACGGGGCUCACCUGUCGAUCGGAGUCGGAAGGUCGACCGACGAGCGCUCGAGCGGAAUGAUCCAAGGAUCGGACGAAUCAGCUGAUCGCGAUACCGUUUCGCUGGCUUGACGAGCUCCGCGGGGCUACAUUGUGCGCGCUUAUCGCCUCGUGACGUAAGGGCGCGAGAGGGAGCGAGACAGUGGUAAAGACAGCUGAGGAGGCGCGCGCGUGUCGACGGCCGUGACGCGAGGCCGCGGGGAAAAAGGGACAAAGACUGUGAAAGCAAGGACGGACUGACUUUUCUCGCUGCGGAGACAUCCGGAGGCAUUCGCCUGCCACGCCGUUGUCCCGGCAGCGCGCGGCCGCGUUCUAAUUUCGCGCGGCGCCGACACCUGCUACAGCACAGCGGGCUAGCUGCGCGGGGGAGGAUUUUAUCGCGGAACUUUUGUGGCGCCGCCGUGUGCCGUGUGGUGCGCGCGGGGGGUGAGAGCUCAGAGUUCGCGAGAUCGCGAGGUAGGACGGAGUGCGAUCGCGCGUGUGCGGUCUAAACAAGGAAGGCGAAACACGAACAAAAAAGGAAAGGAGAGAGAUAGGACGCGGGAGAGAGACUUGAGAUCAUUUAGUUGCGACAAUUAUUUGUGCCCGUUGCACCGAAGAACACUUCGCGCUGUAUACACCUGGGAGCCAGGAUUGACCUAGGCGCGUUAGCAGGGACCGUCAGGCGGAAGUGGCCAAAGAAGAGACGGAAGGAGAAGAAAGGAAGAAGAGGAGAAUACUCGUGCAUCGCCGGUCAUUCUCGCAUUCUUGCGUGCCCCGUCGAUCGUCUUCGUGCCCUCGGGUAGACGCCUAUGGCUCGCCAGUAAGAGAGGAAAACGGAGACGGGAGAGCGGCGACGACAGAGGGACAGGAGAGGAGACAGGAGAGGAGGCAGGGACGGACGGGCGGAUAGAGACCGCCGAGGCAGAUAUUUCCCGCACCGCGCGCAGGGGGGGCAGAGAAGGCACUCCGGCAAACUGAAUAUGUCCGCCAAGCGAAAGGCCACUGCCAUCAUGCAGCACCACAAGGAGAACAUCUCGACCCCGGAGCCCGCCGACAUAUCCGAGGACGAUCACUACCCGAACGCGCUCAUGAAAGACCCGGAUAAGCUGAAGCUGAUGCUGCUCGCGUGGAAUUACAAUCUCCAGCAAGUACAACAGGCGCAGGCACAGGCCCAGGCUGCGAACGCCGCCCUCUCGCCAAAUAACUCGUCGACUACCACGGCCACCACCGGCACACCCGUCACCAGCCAAUCAGCCAUUUCUACAGUUAACAACACCAUUAACAACUCAACACUCACAGGUGCCUCGCGCAGGAAGCUCAAGAAAGAAGACCGCGCUAGGGUGAAACGCGCAAAAACAUUCACGAAAUCAUUGCCGUUUGCAGACUCCCGAAACGGUUCUUCAGAAUUGGGGGACAUGCCAGCGGGGACAGUGCCGAGUCUGGGUACCGUAGCGGGGGUUGGCGGCGAGGACAUGGCUUCCUUAUGGGCGUCUUACGCCAUGGGUUUCAAGAAGACACCGCCGCCGGCGUCGUCGGCAACGCCCUCGCGGUCCGAUCGCGAUCGUGAAUCCAGUCCUCCCGGGGGCGAGGGGACAGGAAGCGCCCACGAUGAAACUAGCAGUAGUGGCAAUAAGGAAGACGAGGACGACGACGACAUGGACGCGGAUGAGGGCCUGGACCCGCGGCACCACGAUCCCGAGCGUCUCAAGGCGUUCAAUAUGUUCGUGAGGCUGUUCGUCGACGAGAAUCUGGACCGUAUUGUGCCGAUCUCGAAGCAGCCCAAGGAGAAAAUACAAGCGAUCAUCGACAGUUGCACGAGACAGUUUCCCGAGUUUGCCGAGAGGGCCAGGAAGAGGAUCCGGACGUACCUGAAGAGCUGUCGGAGGAAUAAACGGGGCAGGGAGGGUGCGCCCUGGGACGCGGCCAGACCCACGCCGGCACACUUGACCUCCGUGCAGGCCGAGCAGAUUCUGGCAACCGCUUGCGAAAACGAAAGCGAGAACGCGAAACGCAUGAGAGUCGGUUUGGAGCCGGUGUCGCAGCCUAUGCCAACUCUUCCGGCCGCUACGCAAACGGACGUUCGGUCGAGUUUGGAGCACUUCUCGAGCACGCCGGUUAAGUCACUUCCGGGCAAGAGGGAGGACACUCCUCCGGCAUCGAUAACGACUCUGGUACCACUAAACAAUUUGGCGAACUUACCGAGCAGCACCCUCUCCUCCACGCCGCUGUCGCUCGCAUCCGCGUCGAAGCUGCUCACGCCGGCGGACAACAAGAGUCUCAUAAGCCAGGCGACGAUAGUUAGCUCAUCGACGGUGAACGGCGUCGCCAGCGGUGGGGCACCAACGGCGAUGUACAGACCCAACUUCAGCCAAGCUUUUCAGCGGGCCGGACCGACAACGGUACCGCCGACUCUCUCGGCCGGACUGUAUCCGACUCAAAGUUUCACCACGGGCCUAUUAAGCAACGGUAUACAAAGACCGACAGAUCUGAGCAUGAAGAACACGAAACCGCUGCUGAGUCACAAGCUGAACGCGACGGAAAUGACGGCGGUGAGGCAGCUGAUAAAUGGAUAUCGAGAGUCGGCCGCCUUUUUACUCAGGUCCGCCGACGAGCUGGAGCAACUGUUGCACCAGCAACCAUAGAGCUACAUCUACGCGGCCGGCGCUCAGCCACUCGGCUUGUAGUCACGAGAAUCAGCGAGGAUCACGAGCAUCGGCACACCUGCUGCAUCAUCGACGAGAGCGGCGACGGAGUCAUCAGUGUAGAUGGUUCUCUUCAAGGUCCCUUGCGCUCUGUCGGCAAUGUGACUUUCCUCAUGGACUUAUCCUCCGUUGCGGAGCGAUGUACCGAAUUAAACGCAGAUCGAUCAGACGAUGCGCGAGGGAUAACAAAGGCGCGAGAUUGUACGUGACUAAUCGAGCUCACGGAUGAUUUGUAAGAUCUGUCAGAGUUGCUUCAUGAUAGGAGCAAGGAGAUGAUUCGGUGGUGGAGUCGAAGGAACCGGAAGGCUGAAUUUACGAUGGAAGAUUCAUUCGUAGAGAGAUUAUAUUGAAGAAGCAAGCGACUCUUAUGCGGAUCCGUCGACGUUGUCGCUUACAAUUUGGCCGAAAGACGCCAAUAACAUAGUUCCAUAUAACUGCAUACUUCAUUACGUAUGGCGACGCCGCCGGCGUUAAUUCUAGGCUUAAGAAAACUACUCGAACAGGGUGUACAUAAAAAGGAAUUACAAGAUAUUUACUUAAUUAACUGCUAAGUGAUUUUCGAGAAUGACGCGAGUUCGGACGCGCGCGAGAAAUGAAGGGAGGAGCCGAGAAAGCUUCCGGAGGACGCAGACCGUGUCAAACCGGAAGCUUCUCUUCCUCAAGGCGCGUUUGCAUUCUUUCCUAUUCAGAUUCGUAAGCUUCGAAAGACCAGCUCACGCGAGCUCCGCAGAAACCUAUUUACAUUCACCGUUUCCAAUGACGACUUUCUUACGAGAUGUUAAUUUCGCUAAUCUAUCUCUGUUGUUAUGUACAUACGAGGUAAGAAAUGAUAUAUAUGAUGCAAAUAGAUACUCUCUCACUCGUAUAAGUACGAGCACGCGCGAGAUGUUUCUCGAGAAGGUGAGGCAGCGCGACUAAUUCGAGAGUGGCGUACGUGGAAUUUUGAAAAACCACGAAAUAGGAUAUGGAUGCGAAAUAUGCAUAUUGUGCACUGACGGCACGUAUGAAUUUCGCAAAGAAUUCUUUUUCAAACUUCAGCGCUUUUUGCCACUGUCGAAGCGAGCAAACGAUUCGAGAUUCCGCGUCAGUCAUAACGUGUACAUAGAGACAAACGCGUACGCGCAUCGCCACAGGUGUAUAUAGCACGUAAGUCGCAGGACAAGAUGGAUUUUUUUAUUGACGACCUGUUAGCGGCCAGAGGGAAUUAUUAAUUAAACGAUAACUGUACAACGUGGUCGUAAUGUAGUCAGAGUCGUCUUGGAGGCGGGAAAGCGUAGUGAUCGAGAGUAUAAUUUCGGGACCAUCUUGUCACGAUCGGACAAUACGUUGCGACCGUAUUCCGUGGUCUCCGGACGCAUCACUGUGUUACCAAAGAGCACUAAUUAUUAUCGGUAAUGUACGUAUAGCGCUAUGAAGGGAUUGCGUAUUUCUUCUUCUUCUUCUUCUUCCUUCCGUUUUAUCCUUUCAAGCGAUAUUUUUCUCCUUUCACGAGAAAUCAUUUUUUUCGUUAAUUAAUUCUACGAGGAUAGGUAUUACUUGCACCCAUACGUGCGGAUUUUACGUGAUCACUGUACAUGUCGUCUCUGAUUACGAGUUUACUUAUUAUUUUUUUUAUUAUCAUUAAUAUCGAUAUAUAUAUAUAUAUUAUCAUUAUUAUAUUUUUUAUUAUUAUUAUCAUCAUUAUUGUCACGAUUAUCAUCGUUUUUGAUGAUACCGUCGCGGAUCGAAGAGUGAGCGAAGGCCGAACGGAGGUGUUCGCGCCCGAGUCGUCUCGUCCGCUGAUGUAUCAUUUCACAUAGAAAAUUUUCGCUCGUUACUGAAAUCUACUCUGUCGUUGUUUUGUACAUAGUUUAUGCACAUUGUCGAAGUACAUACAUAUAAAGAUUGCGGAUUAUUAAGUUGCUUAACUAUUAGAUACACAAAAAAGAGUAUAUUAUAAAAUAUAUAGAUAUGUAUAUAUAUAUACAUAUAUGUAUAUAUAAUAUAUAAAAUUAUAUAUACAUAUACAUGUAUAUAUAUAAAUAUAAAAUAACUUUAUGCGAAUGAUUGCUGUCAUCGUCGAACUCCAAAUGCGAAACAUUCCAAUGGAAGAAAAAACAAACAGAAAACCACACAUUGAUGAGGAAGAUCCAGAGAGAAAAUUUUAUUUAAAAAAGGAACGUGGUGUAUGUGGAAGUGAGAGAAAGAGAAAACGAGCGAGUACGCGAGUAUGUAUGGAAAAAGAGAGAAAGAGAGAGCGAGAGGGGGAGUAUGGAGACAGAAAAAGGGAAGCGACAGAGAUGCGUGCAUGCGUGUGUGCAUGUGGCCGUGGAACAUGUACGUUCGUUGACAGUUUUGCGGGAAUCACGACUUUUACUGAUUGGAAAACGCGAAAAAGUCGUACUUCCUUUUUCCUUUUCCGCUUGCGAGCCCGUCGGUCUCCCCCGCGACGAUCUUGCGGCGCUCUUAAGCGCGUAAGAGCGGCUAUACCGAAUAAAAAAGCGUUUCGUCAACUGGGAACCGACCGUUCAACCUCGUCAACGUCACUUCAAGGCUCGAGUACUUGCGACGGUGCCUAUGUCGCACCGAGAUGACACUUUUUUGUACCCCGUGUAGCAAUCGAACGCACAAUACACACAUACAUACACCUUUCUAAUCAACGCAGUGCAAUAGUCUAAUAGCCGAUACAGUUUAUGCUCUAUCGUGUAUUGUCAGUCGUCGUCACGAUCAUCGCUUCUGUCACGCACGACGUUAAUAGCCCUCGCUUAUUCCCCUUCCUCCUCCGCCUCAGUCCUCAACCUGUCAUUCAUUGAUUUCGAGCAGGCGUCACAUUUCUUCGCGAUUGUAAGCGAUUGUCGUAUCUCUUACCGUUAGUACAUUGUACAUCUAUAGUAGUCCAGCCUGAGAGAUCUCUAUAGCCAUGUACACCCCCCGCAUCGCGGGGGGCAAGGGGACGGACCGAGCUCCGAACUACAUGUUUCUCCUUUACCUGUCCACCUAUCCCUCGAAUCCGAGACUGUUACUCAGACGUAACAGUUUUUCACACUUGCGCAUUCUACUGACGCGAUUGAUACACGUUUGUAAUCAUACGCCUAGACGAUCCUGCGACGACCGUGGAUCAUGGAUCACAGAUCGGUUUUGCAUCCGAGCUGAGGAAAUUCACUGUAUACCGAUCCCCGUGAUCCCCGAUCGAGUCAGGAUCGAGUUGCGUCGAUCGUGUCGUCGAUUAACGUUGUUCCUUUCGCAGAAAAUCCAGGCCCAUCCGAAACACGCUGUAAAAGGAAAAGGGAAAGACGAAGGAGACGAGGUGCAAAGUUUUCCGUGACCGAGGAAACGCGCGAGACACUUACUCUGUUCUUCUUCCUUUUCCUACGUUCGAUAAAAAAAAAAAGAGUGUCCGUCGUGUACCUUAAUUUGCCUAUACGCGAGAGCGCAGAUCUACCGUUCAUAUAUAGCCGCGAGUAUCGAUGUAUAUUGAUUAAAUGAAAAAAAAUAUGUAUUUGUUCCUGAAGAAAUAAUAAGAGUAGUAAUAUACCGUAAACAAAAAAAAAAUAUUAAUAUUAAUAGUAACGAUAAUGAUAAUUUGAUGGUACAUACUUUCUUAUAAGUAACAUUAUACAAUUACUACGAUUACUGUAGAGUUGGUACGGUUCUUGAGGAUGCCUUGCCUGUAAAUGUAACACGUUAAAUGAAAAAAAUCUUAUUAUCUUGUAAAUGUUUUACCAAAUAUAAUCUCUCUCGAUUAUUCAACU